CUGAGCAGCGAGGAGUGUGGCUGGUGGCCCCCCUGGUUGCCAGACUGCCCACCUCGGUCCAGGGGAGGGCAAAGCUGCGGGAGAGGAGCUGGAGAAAGGGCAGCAUUUGGGGUCAUCUUCUAAGAAGGAAAGAGAGAGACAGAAACAAAAAAGGUACGACCUUGGGGAACCCCUGCAGACAGAGCUAAACCAUGUUUGUGAGAGAGGAGUUUACUGAGGACUCAAAAUUUGAUCAGCUCCAAGGGUUCAGGUGUCAGUUGGGCUGAAGGAAUAGGAUUGGUUCCAAGAGAGGAAAUGCAGAAGCUUUGUAACCCCUCUGCCAGGGGCUGUGCUGCAGCUCAGUGAUGGGAAAUGUUAGGGAUGGAAAGGAACAGGUAGAGCACUUGUUGUCCCUUCCCUUAUGUGGCAUUAGGCCUCUUUGCUUGCAUUAAGAUCACACCAUUGUCACUUCACUUGCUUCCUGUUGGGAAUUGAGCUCAUCUCUAACUUUCCAAAACGUGUGAGAAUUUUGACUAAAUGGUUAUUGAUUUUCCUUCAGUAAAACAUUCUUCCACGGUGCCUGUAAUGUUUUUGCACUUCCCUUGGGGUUAUGCUUGAAGUUCCACUGAAUUAAGCCCACGUUGGAAUUUUAGACCAAUUCAGGCAGCUCUUGUUCUAAUCAGAGCUUCAGGGGAAACUUCCUUGGGGUUCACUUCAGACCAGUAGCAAGGAUCAGAAACUUUCGCUGCCUUAUCUCUGUUAAAAUGUUGUCCCUGGUUAAUCAAAGUAGUCUUAAAUAACCUGCCCUGUUCCUGAGUCAGGCCUUCAGGUGUGUGGGCAGUUCUUGGUCACUCAGGGCCCCCUGAGCCAGGGGUUCUCAGUAACAACAUGUGUAUCUGGGCUGGCUGGGGCUCUGCCUUCCUGGGGCAUGGUCUGUAAUUCCUCUGGCAAGACUUUAAUUGACUAAAAUAGAAGCAGACAUGGAUGCAGCAGUGCCACUGCAGGGGAGAAAGCACAGACAAAACAGGAAGGGAAGUAUCAAAAUAACUUCACUAAUGCAGUGUUUGCUUCUCCUAAAGCAUGUCCCUGCUGAGCCAGCAGCCUUUCCUGUCACUGGUACUCACUUGCCUCAAGGGACAGGAUGAGCAACGGGAAGGGCUUCUCACAUCCCUGCAGAAUCAAGUUACUCAGAUCCUCAGUACCUGGAGGGAGGAACGGCACCAGGACGAUGCCAAAGGCAGAUGAUGCACCAAGCCCUGCAGCUGCACCUCAGCCUGGUGGGUGGCACGUUUGAGACAGUACAGAGGAGCACCCAGUGCACCACAGACUGGGCCCUUCUGCUCCUCCAGGUCGUCACCUCAGGGACUGUGGAUCUGCAGACCAACAGGGAGUUGUUCACGACUGUGCUGGACAUGCUGGGGGUCCUCAUCAACGGGACACUCACCUCAGACCUGUCCAGUGCCUCCCAAGGAGAACAAAAGGGCUUAGAUGAAUUUAGUGAAGAAAUUAAAAGUAAGGGUCGUGUCUCAUUUUCAACAUUUCCUUUGAAUUGCCUUCUGCCCUCAUCUUUUAAUCAUGUCAUUCCUAGUGUCUGCAAAGGCCUCUUGGAAAUAGAGGGGAGGCUAAAACACACCUAGUCAUAAAAAGGAGAAAAAGAAGAAAAUAAAAAUACAGGCAUGUGGAGGUGGGAAGACACUUUUAGGAUUUUCUUCAUAUUCAAUUAAAAUUGGGGACCCUGCAAGAUGCUCAGUUGCUUUUGUUUAUGUUUGAGACACUGAUUUUGUAUUGUGUAUUUUCUACACUGUGUUUAAACAAGAGAUGAAAAGAAAACUUACAUUCUUUAAACAAAGAGCAAACCCC